UUUUCCUUGGGAAAUACGCAAAAGCCGGGUCGGUGGUGGGUGGGUCAAGUAAUAUAAAUAACAAAUCGGGUCUGUUUUCUUUCAUCACAUAAAAACCCUAAAACCUAAAAUCUUUUAUAACGAAAUGCAACGACAAUCCAGAGAUAGCACAGAAAUGGUUGCUCCUUUAAUAGCCGGAAUCGCGGUGGCGGCGGCUGCUUAUGCGGGGAGAUAUAGUAUUAGGGCUUGGCAGGCGUUUAAGGCAAGACCGCCGACGGCUAGGGUUCGAAGAUUUUAUGAAGGUGGGUUUCAGCCUAGUAUGACACGGAGAGAAGCCGCUCUUAUUCUCGGUGUAAGAGAAAGUACUCCGGCGGAAAAGAUUAAGGAGGCACAUAGGAGGGUGAUGGUUGCGAAUCAUCCCGACGCCGGUGGAAGCCAUUACCUUGCAUCGAAGAUCAACGAAGCGAAAGAUAUGAUGAUGAGGAGAAACAAAGGUGGCAGUGGCUCAGCAUUUUGAUGUGGUUGGAGUUUUACGAUUGUUAACUCGAACGGUGUCGUUUCUUACCCAGAUUAUACACUUCUUGUGAUUACCGUAUGACGAAAUAAGAGAGCAAAGGUAUUUAUUCAUAUCAUUCUUUUGACCCAAUAGUUGUAGACCUGUUUGCAAAACGAGUACCUUCUAUAUGAUUGUCAAAAUUUUAGUUUCUAAUUUGAUUGGAUGUUUGAUAGAGGCAAUAUAAUUGUAAUGGAUACAAUUUUUGAGCUAAAUUCAUAAUAGAGUUGGCGUUGCUUUUGGGGA